UAGUUCCUUUUCCGAGCCCUGCGCCGAGGAGCCUGCCGAGAUGAAUGACACUGUGACCAUCAGAACCAGAAAGUUCAUGACAAAUCGCUUGCUUCAACGCAAGCAAAUGGUUGUCGAUGUUCUCCAUCCUGGCAAACCCACAGUUCCUAAGACAGAAAUUAGGGAAAAACUAGCAAAAAUGUACAAAACAACACCAGAUGUCGUGUUUGUCUUUGGCUUCAGGACACAAUUUGGUGGUGGUAAGACAACAGGUUUUGCCAUGGUCUACGACUCCUUAGAUUACGCUAAGAAGAAUGAACCUAAACACAGGCUGGCAAGGCACGGUCUGUUGGAGAGAAAAAAGGUUUCCAGGAAGCAGCGAAAGGAGCGCAAGAACAGAAUGAAGAAAGUUAGGGGCACAGCUAAAGCUAACGUUGGUACUGGCAAAAAGAAAUGAAGCGACAUUGACAGUAACAUGGGAAAGACAUUGAAGGCUCCUUGACAUGUUAAGUUAUCCAUGGAUCGACACCUGUAAUUAUUUCACACCCAAAUAAAUUCUCUUUUUAAAACAAA